AUGUCUGCGGAAGAGAAGCACACAGGCCAGGUCGAUGACGACGCCCAACUUGCGGCCAUGGGCCACAAGGCCGAGUUGGAUCGCAAUUUUUCUAUGCUAUCGAUGUUAGGACUGGCGUUUGCGAUCCUGAAUUCGUGGACGGCUCUUUCAGCAAGUUUAUCGCUGAGUCUUCCUUCUGGAGGAAGCGUGAGUGUUGUCUGGGGUUUGAUCACUGCGGGAAUCUGUAAUCUCUGCAUAGCGGCUUCGCUAUCUGAGUUUCUGUCUGCGUAUCCUACGGCUGGUGGACAGUAUCAUUGGGUUGCAGGUGAGUUAUUGAUAUUCUUCGUGAACAUGCAAGAGGCUGGUGCUGACUUUUCUUCGCGUUGUAGUUAUCUCCUGGGAGAGAUGGAUGCCGAUUCUCUCUUGGAUUACUGGCUGGGUGAAUGUUUCUGGCUGGGUAAGAUGAUCCAUCUCGGAGCUUUGGGUCUGCUGCUGAUGAAACAGGUCGCUCUCGUCGCUACUGGUGGACUCUUGGGCAGUCAGUUGAUCCUGGGUGUCAUUUCCCUGAUGAAUCCGGCAUAUGAGCCGCAACGUUGGCAUCAGUUCCUCAUCUACAUUGCUUAUAAUAUUGCUGCGUUCAUCAUCAAUGCCUUGAUGAACUCUGUUCUUCCCUUGGUUACUAAGAGUGCCUUCAUCUGGUCCAUCACUGGGUUAACCGUCAUCUGUAUUACGGUGCUGGCAUGCGCGUCGCCAAACUACAGCUCGGCAAAAUUCGUUUUUACCGAUUUCAUCAAUGAGACAGGCUGGCCUGAUGGCGUUGCCUGGUUGCUUGGAUUGCUUCAAGGUGGACUCGGUGUUACAGGAUUUGACGGUGUCGCACAUAUGAUUGAAGAAAUUCCCCGUGCUUCGGUUGUCGGCCCCAAGAUCAUGAUCGGCUGCGUCUGUAUCGGAACUGUGACCGGUACCAUCUUCCUGAUUGUUUUGCUCUUUGUUGCCGGAAACAUCGACGAUGUGAUCAGUUCGGCCGCCGGACCUCUCCUACAGAUCCUCAAGAACGCAACCAACAGCAAUGCCGGAGCCAUCUGCCUGCUCAUGUUCCCCCUGGUCUGCAUGCUUUUCGCAACCAUUUCCAUCAUGACCACCAGCAGCCGUAUGAUUUUCGCUUUUGCAAGAGAUGGAGGUCUUCCAGCUUCUCGCUUCUUCAGCAAGGUGCACCCCAAGCUGAAGGUUCCUUUGAACUCUUUGUAUCUGAAUUUGGCACUGGUUGUCAUCUUUGGAUGUAUCUUCCUCGGCUCUACCAGUGCUUUCAACGCUAUUGUCUCGGCUUCCGUCGUCCUGCUCGAUAUUGCAUAUGGUAUGCCAAUUGCAGUCAACUGCCUGCGCGGACGUAACAUGCUCCCCGAGCGCCCAUUCGUCCUUCCUAAUAUUGUUGGCUGGAUUACCAAUGUGAUCUCCCUAGUCUACAUUGCAGUCACCACUGUGCUCUUCCUGUUCCCACCAGGGCUCCCMGUAACGGGCAGCAGCAUGAACUACUGCGUCGCUGCCUUUGGCAUUAUCAUCGUUAUCUCCACUAUUCAGUGGUUCGUUGAUGGUCGCAAGAACUUCACUGGACCACGAACCGAUAUGGACAUCUUGACAGGACAACUCCCUGCUGGCCAUUACCCUGUCGACAACAGUAAUGCUGCGCAUGUAGUACCUCUCGAAAAGUAG